AAGUUAGCUUCGAUCUAAUAAUACUGGUCUCAUGCUACUGCUUCGCCGGCCAGCCAGCCAACUGACUUACUGACUGACUGUAUGAGACGACAACGACAACAAAACACUAAACAACUUUAGCCCAGCAUAAGUUUAGAUGUACUUUAAGCUUGAAUUUAAAAUUCGCAGAAUUUGUUGCUAUUUUAUGUGCAGUUUUUUUUUUUUUUAAGAUUAUUUUUUAUAAAUGCACUGGCCUAGCCUUAGUUUAGGUUCAGUCAAAAUUUGAUUCUCAAUCGUUGUUGAUGGCGUGUGUUUUUAGUGCGGUUAAUUCUCCACAAACGGAUAUAAACGUUAUUUUUGGUUUUUGAAAGAUACUUUUAAACUCAUUUUGUGGAUUGUGUGGUGAAUGUGAUAAACUGUAAUAAGAAUAAUAAAAUAGAAAUUAACAAUUGCAAAUUUGUUUGUGGUUCAAUUUAAUUGUAAAUAAAUUAAGCUAAGGAUAACAAAUAAGGAUAUACCAAUCAAGAGUGGAUAUUACUAACUUGUGCCAUAGAUUGAUUACUCAAAAUUAUUUAAAGAUAAAUUUUAAAAUGGCAAAAUUACAAAUGUUUUCAUUGAUAACAAUAUGUUUGAUAUUUUGCAUUGGUACAAUAAAUUCAGCAGUAACAGCAGGUUAUUUCUAUGAAAACCCAAUAAGACCAUUCAAUCCGGCAUCAUUUCCACCAUUACGUUCCACAGGACAAUAUUCUGGCAUUCCAUUUGGACAAAAGGUAGAAUCGACUACCCAAACACGUUUGAAAGUUCCACCAAUUCCCUCACUUCCCCCAUUAACAACAUACAUACCAACACCAACUACAAAAUAUCAAUUACCUUUUGGUAAUGUUCAAAGUUCAACACCAACUGCCUUUAACGUAAGACCGGCACAACAGCAGCAAGGACAAUUAUUCCAACAACAACAACAGACAACUCAGUAUCAAAGACCUCAACAACAAAUUCAAUACCAACAACCUCAGCCACAACCAUAUUCUUAUCCAAAACCUCAAGUUCCUGUUAAUACACAACUCACAUCAAAUAAUCAACAAUCUUCUUACACAAUUCAACAGCGAAAUAAUAUUCCACAAACCACACAAAAACCAGCAACACAAUUCUAUCAAAAUACCACCCCUGCGUUACCAAUCCAAAGACAAACCCCAAAGCCCUCUGUAGUACAAUUAGUUCCCCAACAAGUUGUUCCUCAACAAGUUGUUCCCCAACAAGUUCCCCAACAAGUUGUCCAACAAAUAGCCUCAGCCCCAAUAGUAGAUAUUCCAACCACUUCGGUUAUUAAUUCAGAUUCUAAUCCUACACAGCCCAACGCAGGACUCCUCGCUUCUCCAGACAUCUAUGUAGUAGAUGGACGACCAUUGAAGCAGUACAAAGUCUACGAACACAUCGACAAUGACAUCGAAGAAGAAGUUCAUAAUUUCCUUCCGUCCAAUUUCUUCCUCAACAGUUACCAUUCUAUGAUUGGAGACACACAUCCACUUGGCGAAGAUGUGCAAGUUCAGAAUAGAGCAUCGAGUUUCCAACAGCGAAGUCAGCUCAUAUCCCAGCCUACACCCAAUACCGUUGCAUUGGGUUCUGGAGGAUUGGGUUUUGUCAAACUUCCCAAUGGCAAUGUUUAUCUAGGUUCAGGAUCAUUGGGGUACAUUAGUAGUUUGCAGCAUUCACAAGAUGUUCAAGAUCUCAGAAGUCGUACGAGCUCUUCCGGACCCGAUGCACUUCACUUUGGACAUGGUUCACUGAGUGACAGCUUCUAUUAUCGAAAUCAGAAAGAUUAGUUAGUUUUGGAGAUUUUUUUGUCUAUAAAUAUGAUUUUCUUUUGUAAAAUUUUCUUUGUUUUAUUUAUCACCGAAUGUAUCCUAUAAUUUUU